CCCAAUCACCCACACACCCACGACCCCUUCUCUCCCACGCACCCACGGCUGCCAACCCUAGCCCUCUCCCUCCCAUAGAUCUCAAUCUGCCCCCACCCCAACCCAAUCCCUAUCCCCACGUAGUCCAGCCCAAUCCGCCGCCAUCCUCUUCUCCAGUCGCACCGGUGACCUCCAACCUCAUCGCCGGCAGCCCCUCCCCUCUCCUCCUAGAUCCACUCGGGCUACUCAUGUCGUGGCCAGAUCCGGCAGGAACUCCCUCCCUCCCACCUUGCUCCACAUCCCGAUCCAGAUGCACAUACAGACAGAGCUUUGGGCGCUCCUGCUCGGCUGCUCACGAGCACGGUCCUUGGACGACGCUGAUGUGCGCGAGGUGAUGCUAUACCGGACCGGGCUGGUCACGGCCACCGCCUCCGUCCUGGUGGCCACCCUGGGGGGUGUUCCUACCUAAGGAGAAUGCGGUCGGUGACGCCAUCCGGGAGGGCGCCGACCUCUUCUACACCGCCGGGGCCGGGGGGCUCACCCCCCCCCCUCCGCGCGCAGUUCACCAUCCCGGAUCUCCGCCCCGGCACGCUCGACUCCCUGCUCGCGCUCAGCGAUGACCUCGUCAAGUACAACAUCUUCAUCGAGGGCAUCUCCCACAAGAUCCGUCGGCAAAUCAAGGACCUGGAGCAUGCCGUAGGGGUCGAGCCCGGCACCCUCACCGUCGACGGCGUCCCCAUCGACAGCUACCUCACCGGGUCCGUCUCUGGCCGUGGCCAGUGCUGCUUCUUACAUUGCUCAUCUGCCUACCAGCGCUUGCUUACGUUGUACCCCGUCAACACCCCGCUCAAGGAGACCUUCGCCAGCAUCCAAUCCCAGGCCGCCAAGAUCGAGGAUGACAUGAAGCCGGAGGUGUACGAGUUCAAGAUCGGCGGCCAGUUUUUUCGGAGGCCUGGAGACCCACCCUUGGACCAAGUUAUCGAGAUUCUACAGAAGCACAAGGAUAAGUCUCAAGAUGAAAUCUAGCUAGCUGGCUAUAGUAUGCCUUAUGCUCUUGUUGAUUUAUUUCUUUUGCGCUCUUUUGCAGUUCUAUAUUGAUGAGUGACUCAAAUUAGAAAUAUAUUCCAAUGUGUCUUUAUGUUUGGCAUCCACCAUUCACUGGCUCAGUGGCAUACCUUUUUACGGAGUCCCUAUACAGGUUAUUAUUCAUGUCAAUGUUAUGAUCAAAUUUGAGAUAUACUUACAAUGAGUAUUUGUGUUUGGCAUCUGCCAUUCUGGUUCUAGAUAUACUUACAUCGCUUCAUUCAAAUUUGACGUGCAGCUGGUAUUUUUGAAAUGUUUCCUUCUGCUUGAUUUGUCGCCCAGCUGGUUGUCAAUUUGGAGCUAGCUAUUUACUGUCAGUGCAUUCAACAACCUGACCUCCACGGCUCCAUGCAUGGUUGACUGACCGAGCUCUGAGCUAGCAUGACCAUGGAUGCGGCUCUCGUCAGCAUGGCGACAGGGGUCCUCAAACCUGUCAUAGCGAAGCUAAUCGUUCUGCUUGGCAACAAGAAGAUGAUAAACCUUUUUAAGAUCAAGGGGUAGAAGAAGGAAGAGAUGUCUAACUCAAAUGGGGGGGCUCCUGUUAAGAAGCAAAGUCCAGUGCCCACUACUGCAACAAGUCCCAUGAUGAAGAAGCAAGAAUCCGCACCCAGCAAAGAGUAACUCAUUGGAGCUUGUUAUUGAUUGAUCUUUUUGCGUAUUAGAAAACUGGGUACUAUGUACUUUUAUUGUAAUGUACCAAGUUUAGAUGUAUUGAGAAAUAUUCUGUAUUUAUAGCCUAUAUUUGAACUGGAAAUAGACUGAAAAUGACGCA